ACAGUACGGGACAUACUCACGCUUCACCAUGACCGGCAGACAGGCAGUAAAAGCGUAUUUAGAUCUCAUGUCACAGCCAUGCAGAGCUGUGCUGAUAUUCCUAAAACAUAAUAAAAUACCACACACGGUGGAACAAAUUGCGAUAAGAAAAGGGGAGCAGAAAACACCCGAGUUCACCAAACUCAACCCUAUGCAAAAGGUGCCAGUGCUGGAGGACAAUGGCUUUGUUCUUACUGAAAGUGACGCUAUUUUGAAGUAUCUGGCAACAACCUACAAAGUGCCCGAUCACUGGUACCCCAAGCUUCCUGAGAAAAGAGCGCGAGUUGAUGAAUACACAGCCUGGCAUCACAUGAACACUCGCAUGCACGCUGCCACAGUCUUCUGGCAAGAGGUUUUACUGCCACUCAUGACAGGACAGCCGGCAAAUACUGCAAAGCUGGAAAAGGCCCUAUCAGACCUGAGCGGCACACUAGACAAGCUGGAAAACAUGUUUCUGAAGAGACAGGCCUUCCUGUGCGGGGAUGACAUCUCAUUGGCUGACUUGCUUGCAAUUUGUGAACUCAUGCAGCCAAUGAGCAGCGGGAGGGACAUUCUGAAGGACAGACCCAAACUGAUGAGCUGGAGGAGUCGAGUCCAGUCAGCGCUGUCCGACUCUUUUGAUGAAGCUCACACCAUUGUCUACCGCCUGAGGGACAAAUUCACUGCUAAACUGUGAAAAAUCACAGGGCAAGGUGUUUCUGCACUUGACUUAGUGUGAUUACGAAUUUAGUCCGUCUAAUAACGAUAUGCAGUUUGAUUAAUUUACAGUAAUCAAGACAUGCAUCACAAGUAUUGUUCAAAUGUGGACAACGUGUGUGCCUUUUUAAAGGAAAAUCUGCAUAAUUUAAAUGUGACGUUGUUGUGUAGGAUUAAGGACUAAUUGUUGGAAAAAAAAAUUUCAAUCCUACAUAGAACUCCAGAGUGUGCCUUUUGAACACCUUCAAUUUUAUACAAAUUAUUUUAGAAAUUAAAUAGAAAAAUGAUCCGUGAUCAAAGUUACAAAAUCAGAGGAAUAGAAAAUGUAAAACCAUUUUAUUUUUUUACAAGAAAUGGUACAAACACAUAUUUACAAGAGCAGUACAGUGUUGAACAGAUCACAGGACUACGUUUUAAAAGGCCAUCAUCAGAACAAAUACAAAAACUUCUAAAAGCACGUGAAGAUCAAGGCCCGGGUUUCCUCUUGGAUGAUGGUUCACCUUCUCCCUCUUGUGCCUUGCGUUUCUGCUUAAAAAUGUUCAAAUAAAAUCAUGUUUAGUUUUCAAUAACUACUAAAGCAUUUGUAAUUGACAUUUACAUUGACUCGUAAAAUGUUGAAAAUCCAGUAAUUAAUUUCCUCUAAAGUUUCAUUAAAACUUUUAAUUUAA